AUGUGGCACGCCAGUAUAAAACUGCCAGAGCAAGAGGUUUAUCCACAUACCAUCUGACAACAUGAAGGUUCUGCUUCUUAUGCUCCUGCUCCUGCUGUGUAGCACUCAAGUGCUUACACUCAAAUGUUACACCUGUGAUGGUGACCUGGACUGUAAGACAGAGACAGACUGCCCGUCAUCAUCCCAGUACUGCAAAACCAUUGUGCAUGGGGAUGAAUUUUCUCGAACUUGUGAGAACUCAUGUGUUGAUGACGAUUUCACAAUCUGCUGCGAUGAGGACCUGUGCUAAAACUGAGGCACCUCUCUGCUUUUUCUUUCACUUUCUGAUCAGUUAUUACUGAAUGAAUACAAUGAAUUAGAUCAGUCUGAACAUACUGCAAGGUGAUUUGUCAGUUCUUUAUAAUUUACUGCAACAAUUUUCUCUUUGAUUUUGUUUUCACUGAAAUAUGCUAGUUUUGCCUGAAAAUUUUUCAUCACCCAUCUUAAACUGUACAGCUCACUAGUAGUCACAGUCAUUUUAUUUUUUUUAUUUUUUUUGUUCUUUUAGUAAAUGUGUGCUGGAAGCAGGGCAACCACACACACACACACACACACACACACACACACACA